CUCAGUAGGCGCCGGAAGUGAAGAGUCUCCUGUGUUUACAUGCAGUAGAGAAGUUGCUGGAAAGGAAGAUGCUGGCAGGGAAGAAUUUCAGAAGACGGAGAUCCUCCAGCUCGGAUGAAGAAGAGGAGGAGGGGGGUGGGGAGGUGACCUCUGAGGUCAGAACAAAGCUUGAAGAGGCAAAGGAAAUUCAGAGUCUGAGAAGACGACAAAAUGGGGUCAGUGCUGCAGCCCUUCUGGUGGGUGAGAAGUUGCCAGAAGAAGCAAUACUAGUGGACGAUCCAUUUAAAAUCAAAAGUGGAGGGAUGGUAGAUAUGAAAAAACUGAAAGACCUUGGAAAGGAUAGGAUUGGAGACGAAGAAGAUCUGAACUUAGGAACAUCAUUUUCAGCAGAAACCAAUCGGCGAGAUGAAGAUGCUGACAUGAUGAAGUACAUUGAGACAGAGCUAAAAAAGAGAAAGGGAAUAAUUGAGAAUGAGGAGAAGAAAGUGAAGCCUAAGAGUGCAGAAGAUUGCUUGUAUGAGCUCCCCGAAAGCAUCAAGGUCUCUUCUGCCAAGAAGACAGAGGAAAUGUUAUCCAACCAGAUGCUGAGCGGAAUCCCAGAGGUGGAUUUGGGUAUAGAUGCAAAAAUAAAGAAUAUAAUCUCCACAGAGGAGGCUAAAGCCCGUUUAUUGGCUGAGCAACAGAAUAAAAAAAAAGGACAAACAGACCUCCUUUGUACCAACCAACAUGGCUGUCAACUAUGUUCAGCACAAUCGAUUUUACCAGGAGGACCUGAAUACUCCCAUAAGACGUCACAAAGAGGAACCCAAAGCCCGACCUCUCCGUGUAGGAGACACAGAGAAGCCAGAACCAGAGAAGUCUCCACCCAACCGCAAGCGUCCAUCAAACGAGAAGGCCACGGAUGA